AGAUGGUAUUGUUAUUUGAGUUGUGUUUUGAAAUUGUAUUGUAUUAAAUCAAAGCUUCAAUGUGUGACAUUGUUUUUUUUGUAAUUAGUAUAUAUAAUUAUGAAAAGAGAUAUCAAUAAUACAAAUCAAGAUGUAAAUAUUACUUAUUCUAUUAAUAAUGAUUCAGGUUAUAUAGGCUCCCCAAUACAAAAAUUACAAACCUUAUGUCACGGGGAAGAUAUAAACUCUAGCAUAAAUAAUAUUUCACCUAGCAAUAUUCAUAAGUCCAUAAAAGAAGAAGAAUCAAUUCAGGGAGCUGAAUGGUACUGGGAUAAUAUUAGUCGAGAAUUUACUGAUGAGUUACUUCAAGGUAAACCGGAUGGCACCUUUUUAGUUAGAGAUUCACUUAACUCAAAGGACAAAGGAGGAGAAUAUACAUUAACUUUGAAGAAAGAUGGAACAAAUAAAUUGAUAAAAAUUUAUCGAGAUGCAGAAACAAAUAAAUUUGGUUUUGCAAAACCUCUAAAUUUCAAUAGUGUCAGGGAUUUGAUAAAUUUUUACAAGGAACAUUCACUCGUGGAAUACAAUAGAACUCUCAAUAUCAAACUCAUCACUCCCCUCUCUAAAAUCGAAUCGUUUUCCAGUUCCACAUCAAAAUUUUUUGGCCAAGAUGAUAUCUUAGAUGACAUUCUAGAUUCUCAAGUCUCAUUGCAGAAUUCCAUAUCACCACCUUCCCAAACAUUUUUGCGAUCGGCUUUAAGCCGAAUAACCAAAGAUCACACAAUAAAAGCGCGGGCUUUUGAUUAUGCGUAUGCAGAAUUUGCGGCGCACCGUAACGCACUUUCAAAAGAGCGCACUGCCCUGACUUGCCUUCUGGAUGUGGCAGAGGCUUUCAAAAGACAGGCAUGCCGCCUAGACCGAAAUUUGGAAGCCUUCUAUAAUGGUACCAGUAAGAAGACGGAGUUUAACGAGAGGGAUAAGGAGAUAAUAAGACAAAACAAACAAUUCCUAUCCCAUAAGCUUGAAUCAAUAUUGGAAUCUAAGCAUAAGCUCGAAGCUCAAAUUAUUGGAGUAAUGACUAGAUGCAAUGAUUUGGAAAAAGAGUUUAACGGCAUAAAACCAGAAAUUUUAGAUUUACACAAGAGAAGAGAAAUUUUGCACGGGUAUUUAUUAAAUCGGGGCUUCAACCAAGCUACCAUAGAAAAGUGGAUAGCCGAAGAUGAAGAUGAUAGUACUUUACUCAAUAACCUGAAUAUUUCGAAUAACGACACUUUUGGUACUCCAAAUUCCAAAAAUCAUGACACCUCAAUCUUAAAUAAUCCUAACAAUAUCACUCUAAAAAUUGACGAUGACAUUAAAAUGGCAUCUGAAAAGUUGUCUAAGAUUAUUGUGCGUUUAAAACCAGAUGUAAAAAUGACUCCUAUAGAAACAUUUUACGAAAUCCAAGAUCCCAUUGACCCUUGUGAUAUUAAAUUUAAUGGUAAUGAACAAAGUAAAGAAUCCGCUAAUCAAUUUUCUCGAAAACAUUUUGAUACACAUCUAAAUAAUGGGAACAAUAAUAAUUUCAAAAUCAAAACCAGCAUUGAUAAUUAUAAUCAGAGCAUCGAUGAAAUAAGUGAUGACGAUUUUAUGAAGUGUAAAAAUAAAGUUGUGACAACCAAUUUCAAUAAAAAGAAUAUUCAAAAUAUCGUAAAUGAUCAAAAUAACACUAACUUAAUAAAAGACUGGGAUCCGAUGGAAGAAAGACUUUGGUUUGUUGGCAGUUGUGAUAGAGUUACAGCUGAACACCUGUUAAAGGAUAAACCACCUGGAACUUUCUUGGUGCGCACAUCUAGCAAAGCUUUUCACGCUUUAUCUAUAAGAAUACCUAACAACAGAGUCAGACAUUGUCUUAUAAUCUACAACUCAGACAUUUUGUGUUAUGGCUUUGCAGAACCUCGCAUUAUAUUUCCUAAUCUGGCAAAAUUAGUGGCAUUUUAUCGUACCCAUUCACUCGAAGAGCAUAACCCAGAACUAAAAACAACUUUACUAUAUCCAGUAUUUUAUUCAGAUAAAUAAUGAAUCAUUUCAGCAUUAUGUUAAAUAGUGUAGAUAAUACUUGUAUAUAAAUGUCAGUGUAAAAUAUUUUAGAAAUUUGCUCAAAAAGUUUAUUCAUUUAAAUAUUUUAUAU